UCAGACGAUCAUGACGAUUUGAAUUGAAUACCGACUCUACCCGUGUUUUCGUCAUUGUGGUUAAUUUAAUGGAAAAGGCUGUAAAACCGACACUGAAUGCGGGAUUGUAAACUUGGGACCCCCACUGUUUUUUGUUAUUUUAGUCUUGCAAAACUGGUGGAAUUUUGUCUCGUCAACCCAUUUUUUUUUCAAGAUGGCCAACAUCAGCGUAGUGAACGUUAUGAGUACGAACCAAACGACAGACAACCUCAGCCGAGCUGAUAUGCUACAGUGGGUCAACAACUCCCUCUCUCUCCACUAUACAAAAAUUGAAGAAAUGUGUUCAGGUGCUGCCUAUGCUCAGUUUCUCGACUUGCUCUUCCCAGGGGCAAACAUCAACUUGAAAAAGAUCAAAUUCAACUCGAAGCUAGAGCAUGAAUACAUCACAAACUGGAAGUACGUUCAGAGCAUCUUCAAAAAAGCCGGCAUUGAUAAAGUAAUACCCAUAGACAAACUGAUCAAGGGCAAAUUCCAGGAUAACUUUGAGUUCAUCCAGUGGUUCAAGAAGUUCUUUGAUGCCAACUAUGAGGGACGGGAAUACGACCCUAUUGCUGCAAGGGCAGGACAGGGCGUCAAAGCAGGCACGGGGGCAGCGCCCGUCAGGAAGGCUCCUCCAUCGCAAAGACCUGCACUACCCGAGCCAAGAGUUUCGCCUAAAAAGCCGGUUGUUGCCGUAGAGCCUAGGGCGGCGCGGCCUGCAGCCCAGAGGGUGGGCCCGGCUGGCGGAGGGGCAAUGAGAAACAACAACCAGGAGGCCAGGGAGAACGUGGAAGUCGCUGAGCUUAAACUGAAGGUUAACGAGACAGAGAUUGCGAUAGCCAGCCUAGAAAAGGAGAGGGAUUUCUACUUUGAGAAGUUGAGGAACAUCGAGGUUAUAUGCCAAGAGCCUGACAGUGAGGAAAUACCCUGCGUUAAAAGAAUACUGGAAAUCCUCUACGCGACUGAGGAUGGCUUUGAGGCACCGGAGGGCGAAGGAGAGGAAGAGGAGCCGGCAUACUUGGGGGAGGAAUGUCUGAAUGAUGACGGAGACGAAGGCCAAUAUUAUUAAAUCAGUCACAAUCGCGACAAUCACAUAGUAUGCAGUCCAGACUUAGUGGUUUUUCUGAUGCACGGGCCAGUGUCCAAAACGGAGGCCCAGUUUCAAAUUGGGAACGUCCGUUUUUUGUUUUUUUUUGUUUGUUUGUUUUUUUUUUGAGCCGAGAGCAGUUUACCAAUCCAGAAUUAGCUGACUGCACUUUCCAACCAAAUUAUCAUGAGACAUGCAUUGCUUCUAACAGACCUGCCAACAUGCCGUACUCCUUCCUGAGGUCAGGCAUUAGCACACAAUAGAUUAAAAUUUUGAAUGAACUGAAGGCUCAUUUAAAUACCUUUCAGGAAGGAGAACGACAAGGUCGGAAGGUCAGUUGUAAGUGGUCUCCGGCCAACUUUGCUGAGCAUUCAGUAGCAUCACGGGGGGGGGGUGUACAGGUUGGCAGAUUGCAAUAGGGUGAACAUCUGAUCGAGCAAAACCGGGCUACUGAUAGCAGCAAAAAUUGGGACAUUGAAAAUGGGUUCUCAGUGCUGACGGGGAACAGCAAUGCUAAUCCCAAGUCCAAUUGGUACGGAGGUCAGUGCUUUGCACUGAAUUCACAGGGGAAGAGCAAAGCUCGAUGCUUGGCUUAUAGCCCUGGACGAUCGCUCCCAAUGUAGAGCCUCGAACUAGUUUCUCAGCCUAAUACUUGAGAGCUCAGUGAAGUGUGCCAACACUGACUACCCUGUGAGAUCAGCAGCCAAUUUGAUGCACGUGUUGGCGUUACAUAACUGGGGCGGACAUUCCUUUGCUUUGGUGUAGUUAAGAUUUAAGAAAACUUGGUGAAAAUACCCCCUUGAACUCUGACCUGUCUUGCUUUUUUGGCAACAGAUAACCCUUAACGUCAAAAUGCCUCUAAACCAUGUUCACCAGGGAAGGGAAAACCUGUUUGGAAGUGAAUCCACAGAAGGCAGUAGCUGCCUGCACUGUGUGGACAUCUUUUGUUCAGAGGUCCACAAAGUGACUGACACAUUUGUGCUCGCCAGCAGGUGGAGCUGCAGAGUUGAAAGUGAUUGCCCGUGUAGCAAACAAACCAAAAAAAACGAACCAGUCAGAAGUAGUGUGCAUUAUAUGUUAACUUAGCUGGUAACCUGUCUUUGCUGAGCGAAUCUUGCCUGUUCUCGAUGCCGUUCAGCUCUAGUCUUUAGAAUUGGACCCCCGGGUCUGUAAAAACUGUAACAACAAAUUUCUCUUCACGUGUUUGGACUGUGCUUCAAGCAGAUUCUUAAGAGGAAAGUAACUUCAUGUCAAAAGGGGUAUUGACCGCUAACAUAUAACAGGAGGAAAACAAAUAUAUCUGCCAUGGCUCACUGUACCAGAGUUAAUUUUGGUAAUUUUUUUUGACGUUGUAGCUGCUGUUAUUAAGUUGUGAAAAUUGACAGUGUAAAUAUUAAUUGGGCACUGAAGACGUAAGCAAGAAAUGGUCAUAAUUGUACAGUGUUGAGAGAAUGGCGAUACGAGCGUUUCACGGUAGUGCGCCUCCAAGAGUUUGCAAUGCAUUGAUAAAUCACAAUGCGCGGAAUCUGUCGACAUAAUGCGCGUCUGGAAAGGGUCGACAGAUUUCGCGCGUUGUGAUUGGCCAAGGCGCUGCAAACUCUUGAAGGCGCACUGUUGUCAGACUCGCCCGUGUUGGUCACAUUUAACUAGUCACAUUAUUCAAAAUAAAAAGUGUUAAGGACAAUUACAUUAAUUAGCAGUCUGCAAAGAAAUUAAAGUGAAUGCAUUUUCUAAGAAUUUAGUUGGUCUCAGAAGAAUUGAAAAAGAAUGCUUCCAGGAAAUUUUUUCCUUGACACUUGGAGUCUCAAAAGAAUUUCGGUGGCAUAAAUUAGCAUAUCGAGUUGCUUUGUGGAGUAUUUAUAACUUCCCACUCAAAGAAGCAGUCGUGACUAGUUGUUUAUAGAUUGAGCGAUCUUCAGACUUAAGAAUCUAAAGGAAACAUAUGUUUAUGCAUGUACAAUUUUUCGUUUCGAAAAUCCUUCAUUUCUAUCCUGUGUUUAUCUCUCCAAUAUUUAAUCUAAAAGUUACACUUUGUGAUCAGUGUUAUAUUAAGAUUUCCGUAUUUGAGUCCCCUUUGAAGAUUAAGUGCUAUCUACUCAACAUGGAGAAGUUAUGUCAAUCUUUUGUGUACCAGAAGGGGGCGUUGACGCAAUGACUGACCAUAAUCGGUACUGUGACUCGCUAUGGUUUUUUUGAAAUUGGGUGUAAAAAAUUUGAUCCUGCACUGGCCGAAUUUUGGCCUACUUGCCGCGUGGCUAAAUGCUAAAUGGAAUGUUUGGUUUCGGCCAUCGAGUUAAAUUGGUUUUUAUUGUGAUGCAUUGCCGUCCAACCUUCAGUCGUGCCCGAAACGGGCUUCUAGAGCUACGGCUAGGUCUAUUGUCUGCGCGUCUCAGCGUAUUUACAAUGGAGUGAGGACCUAGACCUAGCUUCAGACAACAGAAUCGGAUGCAACCCUGUAGUUUGAGGUGAUACACAGUUUUCUAAUUCCAAAGCAUUGUCAACCGCUGAACAGCUAGCUGUGAGGGCGCUCGAUGUUACAGCUUUACUUAUUUUCUGAGGCCGAGUUGUCACUGUUCCCCAAUCUAAUAAAAUGUGCAUCGACGUAUGAAAGUACCAGGCACGCGCCACUGUGUAGCCAAAAAUCACACAACAGAUAUGGCGGUGGGGCGAGAUCAGUUCUCAGCUGAACUAAUCUCAAGCGUUGUCGUCGUUCAUCUUGGCCAGAUCAAAAUUUGCUUUCUUCAGAAUUUUUCUCAGAGCCACGGCCGCAUAGGAAACACACACACAUGCACAUUGUGGUUCUGUGUUCGGCGAAAAUUACAUGCAUGCGGUAAACGAAUUCAGAUUUCGUCCAUUGACACCUUGUCAAAUGGCGAAGAAUUAAAUACAUGUAUGAACCUUUUAGAGAAGCAGGAAAGACCUCUUUUGCUAAAUUUUUGUUUUGUGACCAUCGAAUAUCGUUCAAUGUACAAUAGUAUUGGCCCAGCCCCUUUAUGUACAGUGCCACGCAUUACUGUUAUUAUUUUGUAUAUAAUUCCUCAGUUGAGUUUUCCAGACCGUUUGUAUGCAGUUGUGUUUUCUUGUUGGUUUGUCCUUUUUUUGCCAACCAUGUUACCAAAAAAGAAUAAUCCUUGUGAUUUUACAUAUCGUGCCGAAAAUGCAUGUCAUUAAAAUAAUUCGUUCAAAAACAG